AUAAUUUUAACAAACACGUGGAGUUCUCACUUAAUCGGUUAAACCUUACCACCCCAUGGCAUGCAGAGCGUGAAGCAUCUGGCGCCGCACCUCGACCCCUUUACCGAGUCUCCAUUUCUUCCCAUUCGUUAAUUCCAAUUUCCGAAUCCCAAACUCAAACCUCACACACACUCUCUCUAUAUAAUCGUCCUCACUUUAAUGUCGGCACCGCAGAGGUUUCUCUGCACUCUCUCACACGCUCCCCCUCUCUAUUCCUCUAUCUCCACCUUCAAAUCUAGAACCUUCCUUUUCCUCCCCUUCGUCCACUCUUACCGCACCCUAACACCCUCGCUCUCGCCAAUGCCUCGCAAUCAGCGAAGUGGCGCGCACGUGGAGCGGAAGUGGAAACAGAAAGCGAAAACGGAGGGACACUUAUCGGCUAUGGCGGACGCAGCGGAAACUGUUACCAACAAGCUCAGUGGAUUGAGUAUUGGCGAAAACAGUGGGAAAACCGUGGCGCAAGGUUCGAUUGCGACUUGGAAACCUAAAUCUUAUGGAACUGCGAGUGGAGGCACUGUUACCGAAGUUGAAAAUGGAGCUGGAGUUGAUGCAAGUGUGGCUUCAACGCAAAAGAGUAGUGGUAGUGGUUUGAGUAAGAUAUUUCGCGGUGAUUUGUUAGAGAAUUUUACUGUGGACAACUCCACCUACUCACGUGCACAAGUUAGAGCGACUUUCUAUCCUAAAUUUGAAAAUGAGAAGUCGGAUCAAGAGGUCCGGACAAGGAUGAUUGAGUUGGUAGCUAAAGGGUUGGCUACGUUAGAGGUUUCACUUAAACACUCUGGCUCUCUUUUUAUGUAUGCGGGUCAUGAGGGUGGAGCUUAUGCAAAAAAUAGUUUUGGAAAUAUAUAUACUGCUGUUGGUGUAUUUGUUCUUGGACGGAUGUUUCGUGAGGCUUGGGGAACUGAAGCUUCAAAAAAACAGGCUGAAUUUAAUAAUUUUCUUGAGAGAAACCAUAUGUGCAUAUCAAUGGAGCUAGUAACUGCUGUUCUUGGAGACCAUGGACAGCGUCCCCAAGAAGAUUAUGCGGUAGUUACAGCAGUUACUGAACUGGGCAAUGGAAAGCCAAAGUUCUAUUCAACUCCAGAGAUAAUUGCUUUCUGCCGAAAAUGGCGCCUUCCAACAAAUCAUGUGUGGUUGUUUUCAACAAGAAAAUCAGCAGCUUCUUUCUUCGCUGCCUAUGAUGCCUUAUGUGAGGAGGGUACUGCAACUUCUGUAUGCAAGGCUCUUGAUGAAAUUGCAGACAUCUCUGUACCAGGUUCGAAAGACCAUGUAAAAGCCCAAGGUGAAAUUUUAGAGGGUCUUGUGGCUCGUCUUGUAAGUCACGACAGCUCAAACCAUAUAGAGAAAACUUUGAAAGAAUUUCCUCCUCCACCUGCUGAUGGAGUGGCCCUUGAUUCCGGACCAAGUCUAAGGGAAAUUUGUGCAGCAAAUAGAACUGAUGAAAAGCAGCAAAUAAAAGCACUUCUUGAGAGUGUUGGUAGUUCUUUUUGUCCUGCCUACUCGGAUUGGUUUGGGACUGAUGGUGCUGAUUAUCAUUCAAGAAAUGCGGACAGAUCUGUUCUUUCAAAGUUUUUACAAGCCCAUCCUGCAGACUAUUCAACUAAAAAGUUACAGGAAAUCGUUCGGUUGAUGAGGGAAAAACGCUUCCCUGCUGCAUUCAAAUGUUAUCAUAACUUCCACAAGGUUGAUGCCAUGUCAAGUGACAAUAUUUUCUAUAAAAUGGUAAUUCAUGUACAUAGUGAUUCUGCUUUUCGGCGAUACCAAAAAGAGAUGAGGCUUAAACCAGGAUUAUGGCCACUGUAUCGAGGUUUUUUUGUUGAUAUCAAUUUAUUUAAGGCAAACAAGGAGACAGCCGGCGAAGUUUCUAAGAACAGUGUAAAUGAAACUGGUAACAGCAGCUCUGGGAAAGAUGACUUUGCAGAUGAAGAUGCAAAUUUAAUGGUCAAAUUGAAAUUUCUUACAUAUAAGUUGCGAACCUUUCUCAUUCGAAAUGGCUUGUCAAUUCUGUUCAAAGAAGGUCCAGGUGCUUACAAGGCUUAUUACCUCAGACAAAUGAAAAUAUGGGGAACCUCUGCAGCAAAGCAGAGAGAACUUAGCAAUAUGCUUGAUGAAUGGGCUGUGUAUAUAAGAAGGAAGUGUGGAAAUAAGCCACUGUCAUCAUCAACAUAUCUAAGUGAAGCUGAACCUUUUCUUGAACAGUUUGCAAAACGUAGUCCACAGAACCAAGCGCUGAUAGGUUCUGCUGGUAAUUUAGUUAGGACUGAAGAUUUCUUGGCCAUUGUCGAGGGAGGCCAGGAUGAAGAAGGUGAUCUAGUUGCAGAGCGGGAGAUAGCACUGCCAGGGCCUAAUAUCUCAGUCAAGGACACAGUUCCAAAAUAUGAAGGGUUGAUUGUAUUCUUUCCCGGAAUACCUGGUUGUGCUAAGUCUGCCCUUUGCAAAGAAUUGCUAAAUGACCAAGGAGGAUUAGGAGAUGAUCGACCAGUUCAUAGUCUCAUGGGUGAUCUAAUUAAAGGAAAAUAUUGGCAGAAAGUGGCCGAAGAACGCAGAAAGAAACCGAAUUCUAUAAUGCUUGCUGACAAGAAUGCCCCAAAUGAAGAAGUUUGGAGACUUAUAGAAGACAUGUGUCACAAAACAAGGGCAUCUGCUGUACCAGUUGUAGCUGAAUCUGAAGGAACUGAUUCAAAUCCAUUUUCUCUUGAUGCAUUAGCUGUUUUCAUGUUUCGUGUGCUUCAAAGAGUCAAUCAUCCGGGAAAUCUUGACAAAGGAUCUCCAAAUGCUGGCUAUGUGCUGCUAAUGUUUUAUCAUCUUUAUGAGGGCAGGAACCGUAGAGAGUUUGAGGGUGAAUUAAUUGAGCGUUUUGGGUCACUUGUCAAGAUGCCACUAUUGAAAUCUGAUAGGAAUCCCCUUCCUGAGCCAGUGCAGUCUGUUUUGGAGGAAGGAAUUGAUCUAUAUAAACUUCACACUAAGAGACAUGGAAGAUUAGAGUCUACCAAAGGAUCCUACGCAAAAGAAUGGAUAAAAUGGGAAAAACAGUUACGGGAUAUUCUUUGUGGAAAUGCUGAGUAUUUUAAUUCUAUUCAGGUUCCAUUUGAGUUUGCUGUCAAGCAAGUGUUGGAACAAUUGAGAAGCAUUGCUAAGGGAGAGUACACACCACCAGAUACUGAAAGGAGGAAAUUUGGUACCAUUGUUUUUGCUGCUCUCAGCAUGCCAGUUACUGAAAUUCAUGGCGUCCUCAAUAAAUUGGCGCAGAGUAAUCCCAAGAUCAACGAAUUCCUUAAAGACAAACGUUUAGAGAAUGUUAAUCGAGCUCAUUUGACUCUUGCCCACAAGAGAAGUCAUGGCAUCAAAGCUGUAGCUGAUUAUGGUAUCUAUCAUAAUAAAAAGGUGCCGGUGGAGUUGACAGCGCUACUCUUCACAGAUAAAAUGGCUGCAUUUGAAGCAUGUACCGGCUCAGUGGAAGGUGAGAAGAUAGUUUCAAAGAAUUCGUGGCCUCAUAUUACCUUGUGGACUGCCGAAGGUGUUGCAGCCAAGGAUGCCAACAUGUUACCACAGUUGCUUGCAGAGGGGAAAGCAAAUCGGAUUGACUUCAAUCCUCCCAUCAAUAUAUCUGGCACACUCGACUUUUAUUGAGUUGAAUUCCUUUUGCUACUCAUCUUUCUAAAAUAAAACCAACUGAAAUUAAGGUGGUCAUGUGCUUUUAUUUGUUCAACAAAAUCAUACCCUUUGCUGGCAUACAAGUUGGAUCCGAUAUUUAGUGAAGAUAGAUGAUGGAGAAAAAUUUUGUAGGAGCGAGCAUUUUCUCCUGAAGAACUGUGUACAUAUAUAUAUAGGCUUUUUAGAAAGCCGAGUAUGGUUUCUGGAGUCUCAUUGCCGAAUUUUCAGCAUGAGGGCUUUCAUCUGUGUGGUAGACUGGUAGUUCAUUUCUUGUUUAUUUGCUUCAAUGUUACGCUCUCUUUUUACUUUUUUUAUAUCAAUUCUGCUUGUUUCAAGUUUUUGUUUUUUUGCUUUAUUUUAUUUUCCCUGUGGAAUCAGUUUUCUUAUAGCAUUUUUAAUGGUAAAAUUGAUUGAA